GUACGUUUUUGCCAAGAACCUCUUUGAGGCCGGGCACCUGCAGCCGCUGGAGUGGGCCAUCUACCAGGACUGGCACAGCUUCCUCCUGCGGGGCGGGGCCCACUCCUGUUCCCAUGGGAAGACGUGCCUGGAGCGGCUGCGGCAGAGGGCAAGGAGAGAGGAGUUGGGGAUCCAACUGGGAUACCUGGAGCAGCUCCAUGCCCAGCACGAGCACUGGCUGGUGGAGAAGACCACGGAGGUCCACUUUGCGGAGGUGAAGCACGCGCCCGUCCUGCUGCUGGACGUGGACAAGGACUUCGAGCACGACGCGGGCGUGCAGGGCGUCCUCAUGGCACAG